GAGACCGACAUCGAACUUUCUGUCGUUCCCAUCUACAUCCACACAUCCACCUUGAUCGCACUCACCCAGGUACUGACUUCACUGUACCACCGACACUCGCUCCGACUCAGCGUCGUUCUAUUCGCUACCUCCCUUGCUGUCCUUGUCAUACGCCGCGCCGCGACGUGUCCUUCUCCCGAAACACCACCCUACCUGUACUCUACGACUGGCCUCUCCGACUUGCCAUCGCAUUUCCUACACCACUACGCCCGCUCGACGACUGCGCCCUGUGGUACUGCAUUGGUGCGGCUCACUGUGCACGACUUUGGGUGUGAGGCCCGCUUCUCCUCACCAUGCGCGCCUCCGCUCUGCUAUCGUGGACGGCGACUGCGCUGCUCGCCGUACCUCCCGUCUCAGCAGGAUUGUUCGGUGGCAAUGAGGGUAAUACAUUGGGCGGUCUGAUGAAGAAGGAUGAAGAUACCGCCGGAAAGGAGACGAUAUUCAACGGGAGGACUGUGCCCCCUAUGAUCGAGUUUGAGGGCGAGAAAAUCGACGAGCAAAUAAAGGAUGGCUACUGGGUGGUCGAGUAUUUCAGCCCGUAUUGUCACCACUGCAAAGCGUUUGCGCCAAUAUUACAAACACUGUACGAGUUCUACUAUACUUCAGACCCUCUUCCACAAGCAUCGGGAUCGGGCGAAACGCAGGAUGAUAUGAACAGCUUCACGAGGUACUACGAUUUCAAGUUCGCCAAGGUCGACUGCGUGGCUUAUGGAGAUGCCUGCGUGAGCCACGAGAUUCAGUCGUUUCCUACGCUAGUCUUGUACAAGGAUGGAAAGAUGAUUGAGAAGCAGACCGGGCAAAGGGAUCUACCCACAACGAGCAAGUGGGUGGAGCAGAUUCUGGAAAAGAUCAAGCCUGGAAGCAGACCGCAAGGAGGCCCAAAACUGCCAAAAGUAGGAGCAAAAGAGGCACCCGCUCAGCCGGCGAUAGAGGCAUCGCUUGCGAAGCAAGGCGAUGCCAAAGUUGAAGCUGGAACGGCAAAGGCUACGCUCACUGGCACCAGAAUGACGGAACCUUCGAAGCAGACUCCCAAUCCUGUUGGCAAGAGCAUGCCGUUGACUGUGGAUAACUUCCAGCGACUUGUCACGACUACGCGCGAUCCAUGGUUCAUCAAAUUUUACGCGCCUUGGUGUCAUCACUGCCAGGCCAUGGCUCCUAGCUGGCAGGGCAUGGCUAAGCAAAUGGAAGGCAGACUGAACGUUGGAGAAGUGAACUGUGAGACGGAGAAACGGCUGUGCAAGGAUGUCAAGGUUCGAGGCUAUCCUACAAUCAUGUUCUUCCAAGGUGGAGAAAGAAUCGAAUACGAAGGUCUGCGCGGACUGGGCGACCUCAUGAGUUUUGCCAACAAGGCUGUGGGAUUGACAGCUGGAAUCGCAAAUGUGACGGCAGCUGAAUUUGAGGAAAUGGAGGCCAAGGAGGAGGUCAUCUUCGUAUACUUCUACGACGAUGCCACGACAAGCGAGGACUUCGCUGCGCUGGAGCGUCUCACCUUGAGCCUGAUCGGACACGCGAAGCUAGUGAAGACCCGAGACCCUGCAAUGGAGGAGCGCUACAAGAUCUCUGUCUGGCCUCGUCUUAUCGUCUCAAGAGAUGGGAAACCGACUUAUUACAACGCCCUAUCCCCACGCGACAUGCGCGACUUCCGUCGCGUACUCAACUGGAUGAAGUCGGUAUGGCUACCUAUUGUGCCUGAGCUGACUGCUUCGAAUGCUCGCGAGAUCAUGGAUCAUCGUCUAGUUGUGCUGGGUAUUCUGUCCCGCGAUCGCACGGAGAGUUUCGCACAGUCGAAGCGUGAGAUCAAGAAUGCUGCCCUUGAAUGGAUCGACAAGCAGACACAGGCUUUCCAACUUGAACGCCAGGAAUUGCGCGAUGCAAAACAACUUCGCAUCGAGGAAGCCGAAGAUCGCAACGACCAACGUGCUCUACGUGCCGCGAAGCAAAUCCGGAUCAACAUGGACGAUAUCGAGCGUAAGGAGGUUGGCUUUGCGUGGGUCGAUGGGGUGUUUUGGGAGAGGUGGAUUCGGACUACCUAUGGCAUCAGUGUCGGCGAUGGCGAAAAGGUCAUCAUCAACGACGAAGACAACCACCGAUACUGGGACACGACGAUGACUGGUAAUCCUAUUGUGCCUUCACGUACGAGCAUACUGGAGACAUUACCUCGAAUUGUAGCCAACCCGCCCAAGAUCAGCCCGAAGUCGACAACCAACGCGAUAGGGCAUGUAUGGUGGGUGAUCAAGGGGAACGUGAUCCAUCAUCCAUUCGUGAGUUUGGGACUUUUGGUCUGUGUGCUAUUGGUGGGCUCGAUAUAUGGAAGAAAGCACUUUCACGCUCGAGGUGGCUACAUCAAACUUGACGAGAAAGCUGGACACAUGAAUGGUUUGCUCGGUGGGAAUAGCGGAGUCGGAAAGACGGAUUAAUCAUGGGAUACCAGUCAUGUCAGACAGCAAGGCGUUUUGGGGGGUUUUCUUUUUGAAAUCAGCUACAGCAGCUGUGCGCUUUUGCGCUCGAAGGAGGGUUGUGCAUAUAGAGCUCUUCUUCAAUUGCAUUCCCAACAGGAGACGUUGUUGCCUCCAUUCUCUACACCUCUCUGCCAACACCAUCCGGCUUUGGUGAUCGAGCAAGAAGAAAGACUAUAGUGAAAAUGAUCUAGAGCUUCAAAUUCUCUUCAGCCUAGCUUAUAGCCUUUCAUGGGGCAGUGCGACCACUUCAUGCCAACAGACAGAUAGGUAACACGUUUGACAUCGAGCCUCAGGACAUAUAUCUGUAUAUGAACGAGCUCGCCUCCCUGCUUGCGCUUGAGAAAUUGACACCGGCUGGAAUUUUCAGAAGCUAGGUACCUUUCUCUUCCCUUCUCUUCCCCUCGCCACGCGUGGAAGGCAUCGCGCCGACGCAGCCGGGGAA